CCGAUACACGUCAUUACAUAGACCAUUGGAUACAGAGAUGCAGCAGUGACCCUUGGCAUCUUAUCAGUCUGGCCUCUAGUAACGCGGUCACCACCGUCCGAAUCAACAUCCUGCUUAUCGCGCCGCACUCCGAGGACACUUUCUUUCGACGCUGGAUGAUUUCUUGGAUUUCGUGCUAUUUGUGCCACGCCACAUUUUCGGGGCAAUGAGCAGCAACUGAGGAUAUAAUGCAGCCCUUUCUGCUCUUGCUGCUGCUCGCGGGGGCUGCCAACGCGGCCAGUCCCAUCCGAGUCCCUGCGACAUGCGGCAAUCCGGAGUGUGCAGUUUCAGAGAGGACGAAGUUCAAAUACAAUGUCGACACAGAGUACUUGUACAAGUACAAUGCGAACGUGACGACGUUUUUCUUCGGCACCAACCAAAACGCUUCGACGUUGUUAAUCGACACAGAAGUGUCAAUCAGAUUCAUCACACACUGCGAAGCUUAUCUAGAGCUGAAAAAAUCAGCGAUAGUAGAAGCGGCAAUCGUGGACGGGGCGCCGUUCAAAGGAGCCCGUGCGUCCGCCAAUACGGCGUCCUUCGCAGAAGCGUUGCAGGAGCAUCCUCUCAGAUUUUCCUUCGAGGACGGUGUCAUAGAGGAAGUUUGUCCGCACCUCGAGGAGCUGUCGUGGGUGCUGAAUUUCAAGCGCGGAGUUUUAUCCUCGUUUCAAAACACGAUGGAGCGAUUUGACGUCGAGCACUACGGCACAGAGAGCGACGUGAACGGCGACUGCGAGACCGAAUAUUCGUUCAUUUCUCCGCGGGAAACCAGCCUCGUCCUCAGAAAAAGGAAGCACCUGAACACGUGCACCUCUCGCUUCAAGCAGCACUCGAUUAUACAGACGACGCCCUACCAAUUUCCCUCAAGAUACAACUCAAUUCCAUUGAUGUCCUCCAAGUCUGAGUGCACGGUAGUCGUGGACCACAACGUGUACAACUCGAUUGAGUGCGUUGAGUCGCAUCUCUUCCAGCCGUUUUCCAACCACGAGCGUGGAGCAAAGACGGAGGUCAAGUACAGCAUGGAGCUGCGAGAGGAAAUCAGCUCAACAGCACCGUUGGUGGACCAGGUCGAUCGACGCACCACCCUCACCUUCGACCACAAACAGACGCCAAAGCCGGCAUCCUCCGAGAUCAGGGUGUCAAGGCAGAUGCUCAAAAAUCUUUGCGCUAUGAGUGCGGACGGUUUGCAAGAGGAAUUCACGGACUCGUUUAAAAAGCUCAUCCAGACGCUGCGAUUGCUCACGACGCAGGCACUGAACCAGAUUUAUACGAGGGCCCAGAGCGUCUGCUCGAGCGGCAGGAAGCACUUGAAAAGCGCUCUGCCGCACCUGGGCACGAACGCAGCUUUGACACUGAUGAAAGACGUAAUUCUGAAGAACGAGCUGCCCGUUGAUGAGGCCAAGGACUGGCUGUUUGCUAUCGCCCUCACCCCUUUGCCAGACGAGGAGACUUUGGAGGCGGUUGGCCCGCUACUUAAACUGAACAACCUUCAGGCGGAAGCCGUGCUGACCGUGUCAGCCGUCGUCCAUUCAUACCGACGAACCCACCCCGACGCAAGUGAGCAAAAAUUAGUGCUGGAAAUCGUGUACCACCUGGAGCAAAUCGCCCGCGCAGAAUGCCAGACAAAAGAGGUGCAGACGGACACGACAAAGGUGGUGUCUGCCCUGAAGGCUCUCGGAAACAUAGGCAUCAGCACGCCGACGCUCAACCAGACCCUCCAGCUCUGCACGGAGAACGAGCUGUUGCAGGUGGAAACCAGGAUUGCGGCAAUUGAAGCUCACAGACGUCUUCCGUGUGAAUUCGAUCGGAGCUAUUUGCGCUCAAUUUUGAGAGACCAAUACUUCGAUUCGGAACUGCGCAUCGCGGCCUACACGGAAGUUAUGCGCUGCCCGAGUUACCAACUAAUAAAGACGGUUAAGAGCAUGCUCAAGACGGAGGAAGUCAAUCAAGUUGGGUCGUAUAUCAUGAGUCACCUGGAGACCCUGAAAAGGUCGUCGAUUCCGAGCCGCGUCGAAAUUCAGGGCCUGCUGACUGAUGCGAACCUGAAAACAAAAUUCAGCCACGAUGUUAGAAAGUACUCGCAGCAUUUUGAGAAGUCUGUGUACCACGAGGGAUAUAAUGUUGGUGGAAACGUUGAAGGAGGAAUAGUUUUCUCGCCAAAGUCGUACGUGCCACGUUCUGGAAAACUGAAUUUCACCCUUGACAUGUUUGGAGAAUCAAUUAAUAUUUUGGAGGUUUCAAGCAGAAUCGAAGGCUUUGAACAAUACGUUGAGACCUUUUUUGGGCCCAGCGGAAACUUCAGUCAAACUAAAGUGAAGGAAAAGGUUGAUAUGGUCAAACAAAUGUUGCGCAUGAAAAGAGAUGCGCGGCCUGACUACAAGGAAAAGAUAGAAAACAUGGGCUCUGAACUGUUCAAGGAUGGGAAAAAGCCCAAGGUCACGUUUGGCAUGCGGAUUUUCGGCAAUGAAUUAAAAUAUUUGAACUAUGAAGGAGAAGACCAAGUGAAAACUCUAUUCGAAACUCUUAACCCCAAAUCAAGACUUCAGAAUGUCCUGAAUCAGGAGGAAGUCAACUUUGAAAAAUCAACAAUGUUCCUCGACUCCAUGUACGUGGUGCCAACCGGAGUUGGAUUGCCCAUCAACCUCAAUGCCAUCGGUACUGCUGCAAUUGAUUUUAAAACUUCAGGCUCAUUCAAGGCUCCAAAAUUGUUGGAGACUGGAGAAAUGGACAUUGAUGGGCUAGUAAAACCAAGUGUGGUGCUUGAAGUGACUGGAUCAAUGUCAGUAGACGCUUAUUUCUCUACGACCAAUAUUGAGGUCAAGACCAAUCUGUACUCGGCCGCUGCCGUACAGUGUCAGGUCAAGGUUCGCGGCAAAAAUCUAAUCAGCGCAUCAUUCAGCCUGCCCAAAGACAGAAUGGAGAUUUUCAGUGCCAAAUCUGAGCUGUUUUUGAGAAGGGAUGGCCAAAACGAGCAGCAGGAAGGCGUCCAGGAAGGUCGCACCCUGGAAAAGGUGUGUGCCUGGGCGCCACUGGAGCAAAUGUUCGGCCUGAAACUCUGCAUCGACUACCAAUACCCCAACACCUCGAUUGCCCAGCUCAACUCGUCUUCGCCCAUCCCUCCACUACCCUUUACUGGCCCUGUCAGGUUUAGCGCCAACCUUUUGAAAACCGACCCAAGCGUCCGCCAGUACUUGGUCGAGUUCAAGUGGGACGCACAAGAGAACUCGACCUUGUUGAGCUUCACCUUCGACACGCCAGGGUCAACCAAACCCCGACAGUUCAGCACACGACUAGAAAUAAACCGGGAUGACAAAACGAGCGUUCAGCUUGUUCUGCAAACGAGUCAAGCCAAGUGGGAAGCUCAAGGAGAGUACCUGAAUACGCCAGAUGAUGUGCACGCCAAGUUUGGUCUAGCGAUGAACGGCGCUAAACAGAUCCAGGCCGAGAUCGGAAUGAGAAGGGCGGCAGCGAAAAACGGGCACAUAUACUAUCCCAAAGUGUAUUUUGCCAAGAACGAAACCGAGCUGGCUAAUUUGGGAGGUAGCGUUCGUCGCGAGGAGAAGAAGGGCAUCACCCAGUGGCAGGUGAACCUGAAAAUGGUGCUCUCGACGAAUCUGAACACAAACGUGACCGGAUAUAUUAAAAAGACGGAUACUUCCCUGGCGGCAAAUGUCACAUUUAACUACCAACUCAAGUCUGCUAAACCUGAAAGGGCACGGGUGGAGUUUGACCUUCGGCAAAAGAACAGCAAAGGGGUGGAGCAGAAACAGGGAGAGUUCCGCCUUGACAGCACUGCAUAUCCCUACUUCAACAUAGCUGGAUCAGCCAAAUACGUGAAAAUUCAAACGCUGACAGAUUUCAAAGUGGACAUCAAAGGAAGCCAGCAAGAUGAGAACAACUGGAGCGUCAGCAUGGUGUUUUUGAAGCAACUCUCCAUCGAAAUGAACAAACUGACCACCUUCUUUGAAAUACUGAAGCCAAUCAAAAAGAUAGACUUCAGAGUUGGCUUUGACGGCUUUUACAAGGAGCAUGAACAGAAUGCGACGGCCAGCCUACGAUACGCCACAGACAAGGAAAUGAUGGCGAGUGUGUACAGAAAGAAGCACAAGCAGUACCAGGAGGGCAAAGCCGUGAUUAAGUUGCCGACAUAUCACCCAAUGGUGAUCAAUGGGACAGUUACCGAGAAAUCUAGCUCGUCGUCAGUCGAUAACAACGAGAGCGACACACAGCGCGAAUAUGAUAUCAACGUGGAUGUAGCGUGGUUCACAGGGAACAAGCACAAGGUGGGCGGCACGUUCCACGACAAGCGGCUUCUCAGCCACCGAACGCUCAUGCAGACAAACUACCAACUGAAACUAGUCGUCACCUCCGAAGAUGAAGGGUCUGAGGAAACGGUCAUCAACGCAAAAUACCACUACGAAAAGACCAGUUUCAAGGUCGAAGUUCAGGCGACGCACGGCAAAAACAUCUACGCGUUUGGUAUGAAAUACAAGACACCGACAGAGCUUCUCCACGAAUUGUUCUUUGACGCAAAAUACAAGACACAAGUUUACUCUUUGAGCUUAAUAGGUGAUUUAAAGGAGGAAAAGCAACUCAUGAUUGACCUUCACUUGGACAAGAUGCGUGACAUUUCCAUAACCUACUCUGGACUUAACUUGCAAAAUCAAAAGAAGUUUAAUGUCGAGGUAAAGUGGGACGUAAAUCGGGAUCCAGAGCAAAAGAUCAAUUUUGGACUAACUUUUGAAAAUCCUGAGGUGAAGAAUUACAGUGCUACUGCCAUGCUUUCUUACCCAGGUAGAACUGUAAAUUUGGCAUUCAAAGGAGCUCUGAAAGGAAUUAAUUUCGAUGCGAUUGGUCGAUGCCAAUGGGCACCGGACCAAUUUGUAGAGGCGUCCAGCAGAUUCCAAAGAUACGUACGCACGAGCGGUCAACACUUCGUCAUUAACGCCGAGUUGUUGACUCCAUUCACGAACUGGACAAAAACCAAAGUCAACACAGAAUUAGAGUACGGCCCGCAGAAGUUCCUGCUCGGUGGAGAUUUGCAUUGGCAGAGCGACCAGAACAUGAUCUACAACAUUUCGGGUCGAUACGAUAACAACGACGACUAUAUUUUCUGCAUUUAUAACGGCACCAUCGUCAGUACGAUCGAAGGAAUACCCUCCGUCACUUCACAUUUCGUCCACAACCAGACCUCUUCCUCGGUGAAAACGGACGUGCACCUUCAGAGAGGACGUGAAAGGCUUUUGGUGAUGAAGAGUGACUGGAAGGUCCUCGUUGACAGCGAGUCUAAAAACCUUACUGGGAAAAUGGACAUGAUUUCUCCUUUCCAGGGAUACAAGCACGGUAAACUGAUUGGAAGAAUAGUUGUCAAAGGAGAGUCGGAAAUACACGGUGUCGCGGACCUCAAGGUUGAAGACAAAAACUACAGGAUCGACCUCAAUGGAAAAUUCGAGAGUUUUGCUGAAAACAUGCUGAUUCUGAAUGCAACGACGCCCGAGCCGAAAACCUUUGCUUUUCUCGCGCGACUUGGCUAUUCGGAGAAAAACCGGCACUUUGUCGCGCAGUUCAGCAAACCAGGCAGGUCGCUGGGAGCCGAAGUUUUGCUACAAAUUGAAAGCAUGACCGAGUUUAAUAUCAUUAUGGACUUGGCCACUCCGUUCGAAAUUCUGCAGAAGUUGUCUUUCAAAGGACAAGCAAGCAACGAGCAGGUUGAUCUCCGGGCAAGUUUCAACGAGUACAACGUCGGUUUGAGCGGCUUAUGGCAGUACAAAUCAAGCACAAAUUUCGUGUACAGUUUUAUCAUCUACACUCCGCUGCCUGGUUACGAGAAAAACGGAAUCGUGGUGAAAUUCAUCAAAGAAACAGACAAUUUAGAUGCUGAGGCAUCAAUUACGAUAGCAGAUGCCAAGGUUGGAGUAACUGCCAUGGGCGUGACGAAGAAACCAAUUAAUCAAUUGGAGGACGAGGUGAACGCCGACUUUGUGGAUGAAACACAAUCAGGAUCUGAUGAAGAGGAGGAAGAAUCUGAGCCGUUGUACUGGAGCUUGCGUGUUGAGGUGGACACGCUCAUUUAUCCGCCGGUGGUCAGCAACCUGCUCAUACACGAGACGGAGACUGAUCUGUACCUGACCAGACUAAAGAUUGACUUGCCGCAAGGACCUAUCUCGCUGAAUGACACAAUGUAUUUUGUGGAUUUCUUCGAUAUUAAAAACGACCUGUUCCUGACGACGCCCUGGCAGUGGCUCGGCCAGAUGAGCCAUCACCACUACUUCUUUAUGGAUAGCGAGGAUGGCGUUUAUAAAUUAAAGUCGAUUUUGAAUCUCCAGCACAAUGAGCAGCUCAUUGACACUGGCUUCGAAGCUGAAUCCGUUUUCGUCCAGAACAAGGUGAAAGGCACGAGCCAGCGCAAAUUCCUCUUUCACAUUCAUUCGCCGCUGGAAUACUUGCGGCUCGUCCACCUCAACGGCACUCUGAACACGGAUAAGGGCGGCUACCAAUUUAUUUUUGACGGCGCCCUGGGGAACAACACGGCGGAACUGGACGUCUACUUGAAGGCGGACCAAUCGGGGCUGCUCGACUUCGGCUCAGAGGUGGAUGUAAGGAGCGUUUACUUUGAACUGCCCAAAAUCAAGGUCGGCGGCAUGCAAGUGCUGCACAGGCAGGACUCCAAGAUGAGAUCCAUCGCUUUCGACAUCACGGUGUUCACCGAGGAGCCAAUUAAAUUUGAUGUCCAAUUGGAAUGGAACUUUGAGCCUCCGAAAGAGUACGCUGUCACAGUUACAGUGUUGUCUCCGUACGAUAAAUUAAAAUCACUGACAAUCGGUGGAAAAUUGUCUAGAGAAAUGUCUGAGGAGGGUUUACUGUUGGACAGUGGCGAAUUCAACGUCAAUUACAACAACGCCACGUACAUCAAUUCAAGAGGAACACUCAACUACCAGACGAAAAAUAUCGAAAUCAACGUCGACUCCUCAAUCAAAAACUUAGAGUCCUUGAACGUGAAAGGACAGUACAACAAAGCGGAAGAUUCAAACAAAGUGUCGUUCGGCGUGCAAGUGCAUUACAACCACAAGGCGUACCUGUUCGAAGGAUGGUACGAACCGGGCGAAACGGCCCGCAGCUUUAAGUUUUACACCAACUUUAUCACCGGACCAAAAGUAGCAAGCGAACUGGUGCUCAACGUGCACGUGGAGCUGCGCGAGAACCCUGACGGCCUCGUGGUAGUGACCAAAAUUAAUUACAACCAAGACAGCAUAGACACUACGAUUAAUUACCAACGAACGCAGCACGACGACCGCACCGAGACAAGCGUCACCGUGGACACGCAGACCACCAUGUCGGCGUACAAAAACUUGCGGCUCGACAGCACAAUGGUGCGAUUCACCACCGGCAACACGUCCGUCGUCGUCGACAUGCUCCUGCCGGUCACGGAUUUCGAGCAGGUCCACCUCGACGGCUUUUAUUUCCUGAUGCAAGGUGAGGGAGCAGCCAGAUUGAACUUGAACACGCCGCAGACGAGCGGCCACCUGAAAAGUCAAUGGGCGACAAAAAUGAUGGAAAACAUGGCCUUGCACUUGGACGCCAAGUUGGACUCUCCAAAAUUACGCAGACACUACGUGACAGACAUCUAUUACAAAAACAAGGACAAACUGUUCAAGCACUUGGAAAGCGGCAUGCAUUAUGCGGACUACAACAAAGACUGGCAACUUGGAGGCAACGCGACCGUAGUAAUCGGCGAAGUUCUCGACGCAGCCCUGACCCUGGUGACGCCUGAGCCGUACCCUGAGGUGUACAGGACGUCUGUCAGAAUGAUAUACCCGUUCCAGUUGAACAAAUACAACCUCUCGGUGGACUACGAGAUCGAGAACGCCAAACUCAAGUACGGACUGGACGUGGAGGGCCAGUACACACACAAGGUGAUGGCGUCCACCGUCAGCGUGAAAUUUACAGACGCGGAAAACACGACUAGAUAUAGAAAUUUCGUCGAGGUGAAAACUCCCAAGCCCGGCCACUACGACGUUGUUUACAAACUGCGAACGCCGUUGUUUGAAGAGGAAACAGUGGUGCUCAACGCGCUCUACUCAGAUGCACCCUUCCAUUCGAUCAGGUCAGCAAUUUUCUAUCCUGAGUCUCAAUUUGCGAGUACCUUGGACUUGGAUUAUCAUAACAUGUGGAAUAUUACCGGCACACUGAACACGACGACGCCAAUCAAAGGGCUCGACAUUGCUGGCGUGAAGCUGAACUUGUUAACCGAAACGCAAGACUGGAACCAUUAUCUAGAACUGUUUUGGAACAACAACAGUGCCUUGCUAAGCUCCAAGGCCCAAAUGGACACGUCUAAGCCCGACACCCAAAUUAACGGCACGCUGCUGAUCGAAGUGCCAAUUACAACGAGGCACGUGGGCCUCGUUAAUUACGAGUAUUACAUGGAAGACGACUCGACCCGGAUCGGGCACACGCUUGUGCAGUAUAACCAAAGAAACGUUUUGGAGGCGCGCUUGCGAUCCAACGCCGUCCUCCGCAGAGGCUACGACAGCAAAAACAUUUAUCUCGAAGUGGAGAACCAGUUCACCCCAUUGGGAAUACGAUACAACCACCUCAAGCAGUUUAAAGACGAGAACCCAGCAGCACUGCCGAAAACAGAGUUCCAACGAGUUGAGGUUUUCAAACUGCGCAACGAACAGUCGUUUAAUCUCACCGGCCAACUCGAGGUUCUUACCAAUGAGCACGGAAAGGAAAUCAAAAUCACAGCAAUGAACCCCAACCGAACCGUCCACCUUUCGACUGACUACAUGGUAGUGGAUAGAGUGUUGCACCACAAAUCUCGCAUUCAGCUUGAACCUGAGGCCUGGCUCUCCUAUAACUUGGUGAUCGCUAACCUGACAGAGGACGAAGAAUUCGCGCGGAAAAGAAUGACGUUUAACCUGCAGUAUCCUGAGCGCAACCUCACCUUCAAGGGCAACUACACUCACUCGUCCAGCUCCCUGUCGUCCGACGUGGCCCUCUUUUGGGAAAGGGACAAGGAAGAGAAAACGAUAGGGGCAGCUGUCGACUGGAAAAAAAUCAGCGUGAAACCCAUCCAGCAGGUCACUGCAAUUCACCUUCGCCAUCCUUCCCUCGAGCGGGACGUCAGUCUCACUCUGAAUUUAUACCGGGAUGAGAGAAAGCUGUAUGACGUCAAGGCAGACUUGGAAUAUGUAGAAGACGAGGAGGAAAAGUUGGAAAUUUUCUCGCACUUGCAGGACGACACACACGACAAAUCCAAAGCCUACAAGCUGGUCUUUGGUGCCAAGCAUCCAGCCACAACUUUUGACUUGAAAGUGGAAAGCAACAUCAAGUACGACGGCAAAGUUUUCCAGACCAACAAUUACGCGUCAUACGUGCGGUCUUAUUUGCCGCUGAGCACCGGCGAAGCGCACGCCAAACUCAAUAUCACCGAGCGUUCGAUUGAGUUGGAAAGAGCCAAUCAAGAUGAGAAGCAGUACUUCAAAGGAUGGUACGACGUGGAGGAGCCACUCUACACCGCCUCAUUUACCGCCAUUCCUGGAACUGAACAAAAGGCAGAAGGGUAUUUCUACGUCAAUGCUUAUGAAUACGACACGGCGCUGACAGUCAACACCUCAAAAGAGGAAAACUACAAAAAUCUGUACAUGACGGGUAGGAUUCCGGACGCACGAAACGCUAUGAUGAGAGUGUGGCGGAACUAUGACGGCGUAAUUAUCCCAGACGCUUCCUACUACCUCAAACUCAACCACUCGAGACUUAUCACUUCAAAGUUUGUUUGGAGAGCCGAACUGCCAGACCAAUUAGCCAAGGGCGCCAACGACUUGGUCAACUUCACGAUGCAAGGGUCUUACGAGUUUUUCGACGGCUGGAGGGAGUAUAUCCAAAACGAGGCUAACGAAGAGAUCAACGACAUUUGGUACAGCUCCAAACACAUCGUGGAGGAAGCCCUGCAGGACCUGAACGACACCAAAGAAAUCCGAGUGGACAUGCUGAAAUUAUACACCUAUUUGAACACCUCUUACUACGAGAACCACUUUUACGUCAAGGAUAUUGUAGGAGUAGCUGUUCUUUUGAUCGACGAGUUCUCCUUGCGUCGGCAUCUGGAAAAUUUGCCCGAGUUGGUUAGCGAAGUUUGGGCGGUUUUGGGAGAGUCGGGAGAAUCUCUGCGGCAAUCUCUGAUGGCGGCCAUAGCAGCGCUCAAAGAAAAGUUUAGCAAACUCGUUGAAAUGAUCAACUCUUUGAGGAAAGGAGAGGCAAACGAGAGUUUAACCUCGUUAUUUGACAGUUUCAGGGAAAAUUAUGACAAGUUCAUCAAAGACCUCAGAAUCGCUUUCACGCAGAGAGUGGAAAACUUUAGAAAGAAAUUCUCCGACACUUUGCGCGCGUAUUUGAAAUCUCUGCAGCAAAUGCUAACGCCGCUUUUCUUGAAAUUACUGCACCUGACAGAAACGGCUUUUGUCAAAGCUGGAAAUGAGAUAUCAAGCUUCUUCUACGAGAAAAAGAAGGAAAUAACCGAGUCGGAACACUACCAGAAACUGGCCAUGAUAGCACAAGAUAUAAUCGCGAUCUACAAGGACAUUUCUAAAAACGACACGAUCACCAACAUCAAGAAAUACUCCACGAAGGCCUACGACUUCUUUAAGGAGAAAUACGUCAACGUCGUUCCGUUUGGAAAAGAAUUCCACGAUCUCGUGCUGGAAAUGUGGGAGCAGAUCAAAGAGCUGAGAAAAUUAUCGUCAGUCAGUUUUGUGCUGCAGAAGCUCGACGAAGUGUAUGAAAAGCUCGAGUGGUUGUACCAGAAAUUUGACGUCGGGGGGAAGCUGAACGACCUCAUUCUCUUUUUCCAUCUGAAAAUUUACGAGAUUUCACAAACGGCUCUCGACGCUGAAAAUAACAAUCGCGAGGCGAAAACCAAAUUCAUCUUUGAGCCAGCCAAGGGCUUUAUCGAGCUGGAGCAAAAAUUGCCCAUUUCGUGGCACUCAUUCAACGAGCGGCCUAAUUACGAGGAAAUUCCGGAAUACAAGCUCUUGACAAACAUGCAGAAUUAUUUCUCGCCAAACAACAACAGUCUCCUUCAUUAUUAUGGUCUCGUAAACAAAUACAUGGAUCCAUCCAACUGGCUUCCUCCCUUCAAAGCACAAGCAAUGCUGGUUGGAUCACAGCAUCUGAUCACUUUCGACCACCGCGUAAUCCACUUCCAGGGUGGUUGCUCGUACCUGCUGGCGCACGAUUUCGCAGAUGGCAAUUUCACUGUGAUCGCCCAGUACAAUGCCCAAACGAGAAACGCACCGCCCGCCAUGAUUGUGCUUUUGGAGAACGACGUGAUAAAAAUCGACCUCGCAGACUCGAGCAUUCAAAUCAACGACAAAUACGACAAGAGACUGCCAACAAUGACUGCUGAUGGAACUUUCAUCUACCGCGAAGGCCAGAUUUUGCACGUCAAAGGAAACAAGAGUUUUGAAAUUUUGUGCAACUUCCACUUUGACAUUUGCACGCUGGAGCUGUCUGGUUGGUAUUUUGGAAAAACGGCUGGUCUUUUUGGAACCAUGGACAACGAGCAAGCCACCGACCUCCUCAGCACCAACGGCUCCUACUUGACGUCCGUGCCAGAGUUUGUCACAGCCUGGCAGCUAGACGACUCCAUGUGCACCGAAGAAGAUGGGCUAACGGCCAAAAUUCCAGACGCUAAAAUUGUCAACAAGUGCGAUGUCUUAUACGACAGGGAUUCGCCUAUGGCUGAUUGCUUUUCAGUGGUUGACUAUGAGCCAUUCAAGGAGAUGUGUCUUACAAGCAAAGUUUACAAGGACAAAGAAGCUUGCAUUUCUGCUAAGGCGUACAUGGAAGAGUGCAGCCAAGCAAACGUCAUUAUCACUCUGCCCGACGAAUGCAUUUGGUGUGAUAUCAAAGAGAGAGUUUUGGCCAACGGCGAAAUUAUGGAAGUGAUCAUGGAAAACGAACCGUGGACUACUGACAUUGUGCUCAUCGUCGAGGCGAAAGAUUGCAACGGAAAUAUAUCACGUUUUAAACACAUCCAGCAAUUCCUUAACAUUCUGAACGUUGAAUUGCGAGAGGCGAAUAUUACAAACAACAGGUUUGGGGUCGUCACUUUUGGCGGUGAUGGCGUGUUUGACGAGCCUCGCACUCUUAUGACUAACAAGGAGUUUUCAGAGGUUUUUGCAAGCAACUUGCUUGAUAAUCUACCAAUAGGCAACGGUGCAACUUCCUCAAUUGAUGCGAUCACAUAUGCUGCCAAAAUGAGAUUCAGGCCCAAAGCCUCCAAGACUUUCAUUCUCAUUCCUUGCUCAAACUGUAGCAGCUCAAGUAGCGUGCUCGAUUAUCCGUUCACAAGCCAAAUGCUAGCGGAAAACGAUAUCACUUUGCAUAUGCUGAUCGACCAGGACAUUUCACUAAACAAAUCUAGGGUCCGAAAUGUUCUAUUUGGUAUCGACGGUAAAACAGCGUACACGAAGAAAGACGUGAAGGAGCUCAAGGGCGACACCGACCUCUUCCGCCAGCUGGCACUGCCCAAAGAUAGCCUCGGACUGUGUCUGCCUCUGGCCCUCGAGUCCAACGGCACGGUUUUCACGGCGAAAAAGAUUGAAACAGAGAAGCAGAGAGGCUCAAAGAACUUUGCGACUGUGUUUUCAAAGAGAAUCGCGAAAACGGCCAGGCCGAGUCCGUGUCUGCAUUGCGAAUGCCUGACCGACGAAUAUGGCGCCAGCAUGGUCACCUGCUCGCCCUGCUACUACCCCCUGCCGCUAGAGUCUGACAUGGACGAGGAUUCUAUGUUACGCGCUUUGCAACCAGACUACGAGAAGAUUAAGAAGCUCAUUGAAGACCCAGAGAUGCUGUUCACCAACGCAAGUCAUAAAAUAUUCCAAUAGGGAAUAUAGCAGACAAUGGGAAAGCAAGUUCUAAGUUUAAGAUAACCAUAACCAACCAGAUUUAUCUUUUGAUAAUUUUGAAACACCUCAUAGCCCUUCAAACGACCACAUCAUAAAUUACGAAUUAUCAUUCCAAGUUCAAUAUUGUUAGCUAUAUAUAAUUAAGUAUUUAAAAACAUAAGAAAAUUACCCCUACCUUUCGUCUAGUUGUCUGAAGUCAACUGCCGCACUGGCGUAUUCCGCAAGUUGUACCGAGUGGACUGUUAAAAUUUUUAAACUAUAACAAGAAAUCUAUAUUUUCAUCAAUAAACACUUACGUUGGGAGAAUCCAGGUCUCCAUCGUCCUCCAAAA